AUGAUGGCGGCCCCUACCCCCGGCCGAGAGUCGGAGGGCGAGAGGACCUGGAUCAUGGCCAAGCGGGUCGCGUCCAACUGGGAGAAGGAGGACGAGAGCAGCCGGAACCGCCUCUCUGCGCCGGAGGCUAGCCAGCCUUCCCCCGCGGUGCCGAAGACAUUCGUGUCUACCCGUCUGCGGCACCUCCGCCUCUCCCCCGACGGGACUACCCUGGUGGUCAAGUCCGAGCAGGGGGGCGUCGACCACGAGCUAGCGCUGGACGAACUCCUGGAGGUUCACGAAACCCCCUCAGAGGAGAGCGUGACCCUCAUGGGCACAGACAUCGAGAUCCGCAUCGCGUUCAAGGGGCAGGCCAAGGCUCUGAAGCAGUUCCGCAACAUGCUGGUGCCGACGGGCACGACUGGCACCACUACCCCCUCGGAGGUGGACGCUGACCGGUCCACGACUGUGACCACCAUCAAGGACCCUAUGGGCUCUUCGGGAGGAGCGGCACCCCCAUCCCCAGCCGAAGAAUUACAAGCCAGAGAAGCAGCAGCGGCAGGAGGGCCCUCUACCAACGGAGCCUAUUUGGACGGCCGUAACACCGCUGGCAGCAACUACCAACAGCAGCACGGCCUGGGCGGCAUCGAUGAGGGCUCGACGUACGCUCGCGAGGCCCCCUCGUCGAGGUCGGCGGCGGCGACGACGCCGGCGGGCAUGGGAAAGAUGACCUCAAGCGUGACCAACAGCGUCAUCUCUCCCGGCUCCAGCGUGUCCGGCUGGGGCAGCGUCAUGGGCCCCGGCGAUGGCAACCUUGCCGCGGAAAACGCCACCCAGAGGCAGCUCGCCGACAUCACGGAGCGAGCCGGUGCUGCUCAGAAGAAGGCCCUGGCCAGGAGCGGCAGCGGCGGGACGUCGCGGUCCGCAGAGCACGCCAGCAACUCUACGGCGGGAAGCACCUUCGCCGAUGCCCGAGAGAGGGAGCUCGUCAUCGCCGCCCUGCAGAACGCCGAGACAAUGCCCGCGGUGGAGCGGGAGGCAAAGCUACACCUGGUGAAGUACGAGCAGGCUGGCUUUGUGCGCGGCUACGAGGCCUUGUGCGACCAGCAGCAGGUCCGGUUGAGGAAGCGGCCUGAGUUCGCAGAUCUCGAGAACGUGGGCGUAGAGGAGGGGCUAGCCGACCCCAACAUCGUGCUGAGGAGGGGCUAG